UAGUGGAAAUGAAAGAGAGGGCACGAAACCCGAAAACCGCAGAUACAGAGGUGUAAAGGCUGCGAAUAUAAGACGAGAGAGUGAGAUAGAGAGAGCACUGUUCACCAAAUUUUUUUGAAGUUUGAGCUUUAAAACCAAAACCUGAAGGCACAGUGAAUCAAAGAAACAAAUGUAAAGGAGGGAGACGCAUUAAAAAACACAGUUUGUGAGAUUGUUUGAGAGAGUGAGAGAGAAAAUCGCUUGUAGAUUUUUGUGUGUGAAGAUAACAUGAGUAAAUGGUUGGGGUUUUCUCUGACUCCACACUUGAGAAUUGAUGAAGGGUUUGGUAGAGAAGACCAAGCUCCUGGUUUCUCUGUCAUGCCUUUGCGUUCUGAUGGAUCUCUUUGUGUUUUUGAUCCCUUUAGACGUCCAUCUAAUGGUGCCCCAGAUUGGAGAUAUGAAAACACUAUGGAUGGAGGCAGUACAAGUGAAGAUGGUCCAAAGCUUGAGGAUUUCUUGGGGUGUUACUCAAACUCACCUUCUAAUGAGACCAAAGUUCAUUGUCAGCAAGAAGAUCACCAGAGUCAUCAAAACCAUGCUAAUAGAAUCAAUGUUGAUCUAGCACCAAGCUUCAACACCAACGGAGAUGUAAAAACUGGGGAGAAUAGUCUCACAAGCCGUUCUUCUUCAAUCCAAAGUUACCAUUUCAAUGACAAUCCACAAACCUCAAUCCCUAGUCACUGUCUUCAGCACUGUGAUUUAAACCAUAGCCAUAGCCAUAACCAUAACCAUAACCAUGAAAGUGGCAUGAACCAUGUGCCUUUUGAGAGUGCUAGUUCAGUUUCUGGGUUCAAGUCUUGGCUUAGGCAGACGGCGCCAUUUUCUUCUAGUGGGAAGUCUCCAAUUGAAGCGAACAAUAGCAAUUUUCAAUCAUUAUUGCUCACAAUGAGUCCUAGUUCUCAGAAUGGAUUGGCUACUAUAUCUCCAUUGCAAGUGGUUGAUAACCGUAAAAGGCCAGUUGUAAAAUCACUUGCUAAAGAACCAGUUUCUCAUAAAUCUAUUGACACAUUUGGACAAAGAACUUCACAAUAUAGAGGUGUAACAAGGUACUAUCUUCCUUUUCUUCUCUUCUUCAAGUCGUGGCAAUACCUUCCUUUCAACUUCGCUUCAACAUAUACAUGUGUGUGUGCAAUUAUCUGUUAUAUACGUUCUAUGAUUGUUAGGCAUAGAUGGACUGGGAGAUAUGAGGCCCAUUUAUGGGACAAUAGUUGCAGGAAAGAAGGACAAACGAGGAAAGGAAGGCAAGGUGGGUAUGAUAAGGAAGAAAAAGCAGCAAGGGCUUAUGAUUUAGCUGCCUUGAAGUAUUGGGGUCCAACAACGCAUAUUAAUUUCCCUUUGAACACUUAUGAGAAAGAGCUUGAAGAGAUGAAGCACAUGACCAGGCAAGAAUUUGUAGCCAGUUUGAGAAGGAAAAGUAGUGGGUUUUCAAGAGGAGCUUCUGUGUACAGAGGAGUGACAAGGCAUCAUCAACAUGGAAGAUGGCAAGCAAGAAUAGGAAGGGUUGCUGGAAACAAGGAUUUGUACCUUGGAACAUUUAGUACACAAGAAGAAGCUGCAGAGGCCUAUGACAUUGCUGCAAUUAAAUUUAGGGGUACCAGUGCUGUUACAAAUUUUGGUAUAAGAAGGUAUGAUGUGAAGAGAAUUUGCUCAAGCUCCAAACUCAUUGCUAGUGACCUAGCUAAGCGUUCAACAAAAGAUUCGGCUCCGGUGGCCCUCGAGGAUUACAAUUCCUGUGCUUCAUCAACAUCUUCUCAGCCCCACUUUGCCAUAGCAAGCAGUGAAGCCUCCCAUGAAUUGACUGACAUGAUGUGGAGUGAAAAUACAGGGGAACAUCAACAGCAACAAAGUGCUAACAACAAUAACAAUGGUGUAACUUUGGUGGCUUCAACUAGCAGGAAUCCCCCCAUUGCUGCUAGUCCAAAAUGUUCGGUUGGCUUAGCUAGUGAUUUUGGCCUUGGCAGCGAAAGCUAUUCUCAGGGCUACUUUCCAUUGCAGGGUGGAAAGCAUCAAGUCCCUAUGUUUGCAUUGUGGAAUGAUUGAAAAAAUACUAAAUGAAGAUGAGCAAGAUUUGAGAA